GUCUGGAUGGAUAAGGGCCGCAACGUGAAGACGUGCUGUAUCUCGGAGUCUUGGGUGGACAUCGACAAGAAAGUAUUGGGGAGCACCUUGACGAUGUCCGAAUCUCUUUGGGACAGGGCCUGGAAUGGGAAUGAUGUCAAAGGAUGUCCUUGGGCAACCAGGUCCAUGAUUUUACCGAAAGUCCCGCUGGGGAGAACUGUCACGGUGUGGAGGACGAAGUGCAGUUUCGUUUCACAUUCUGGACCUUGGCAGCUGUUUCCCAGGUCAGUGUUUCUCGCGAGCGAGAAUACCCUCGAUGCCACGCCUAGUAUCCUCGACAAAGACGAGCUUGCGUUGUGUUCGGUCGGAUACGGAGCUGUAUGGGUCAUGGAAGGUCCGAUUGACCAUGGAUUGGCGAUGCCUUCGCCCACACAGAUUCAUUCAUACACCUUCUCAUUUUAUGUUGAUUUGCCCAGCAAUGGUUCAUGGGAGUGGGUUAUGUGACGUGUUUCGGCUUGUGGUUGCUAAAGGCUGUUUGUUCGUAUCUACAGUACGGAUCCGUACGCCAUCCCUGGGGUCCUCAGCAAAACGAGCAAGCUAGGUCACCUAAGGGUUCACAUAUUGUUGUUGCAAGUGUGGUGUUCCGUGUAAUUCCGUCAUCGAACAAGGACGGGCUUUGUCUGCGAGCCAAGGUGCAGCUAGCUUUGAAUGGCGGUUGGUUGGAGUGGCUUAUUUG